GGGCGGGUCCUGGCCGCCACCAUGCGGGGCGAGCUCUGGCUCCUCGUGCUGGCGCUCGGGGAGGCGGCCCGGGCGCUCGGGCCCCAGUCCGGAGCAGGUCAGGAUGCAGGCCGAGGCCCAGGAUGGGGCAGCAAAGGGACCACGCAGGGCUGGAACCGGAAAGCCCACGAGAGCCCUGCGCAGGUGUCAGAGCCGGACAGGACACAGCUGAGCCAGGACCUGGGUGGGGACACCCUGGCCAUUGACACACUGCCGGAUAACGGGACCAGGGUGGUGGAGGACAACCACAGCUACUAUGUGUCCCGCCUGUACGGCCCCAGUGAGCCCCGAAGCCGGGAACUGUGGGUGGAUGUGGCCGAGGCCAACCGGAGCCAUGUGAAGGUCCACAGAAUCCUGUCCAACACUCACCGGCAGGCUUCGAGAGUGGUCUUGUCCUUUGAUUUCCCUUUCUACGGGCAUCCUCUGCGGCAGAUCACCAUAGCAACCGGAGGCUUCAUCUUCAUGGGGGACGUGAUCCAUCGGAUGCUUACAGCUACUCAGUACGUGGCCCCUCUGAUGGCCAACUUCAACCCUGGCUACUCCGACAACUCCACAGUUGCCUACUUUGACAAUGGGACGGUCUUUGUUGUUCAGUGGGACCACGUCUAUCUCCAAGGCCGGGAGAACAGGGGCAGCUUCACCUUCCAGGCAGCUCUGCACCGUGAUGGCCGCAUUGUAUUCGGCUAUAAAGAGAUCCCUAUGUCUGUCCUGGAAAUCAGCUCCUCCCAGCACCCUGUGAAAUCAGGCCUGUCAGACGCCUUUAUGAUUCUCAAUCCAUCCCCGGACGUGCCCGAAUCUCGGCGGAGGACCAUCUUCGAAUACCACCGUGUGGAACUGGACUCCAGCAAAGUCGCCAGCAUGUCAGCCGUGGAAUUCACUCCACUGCCAACCUGCCUGCAGCAUCGGAGCUGUGAUGCCUGCGUGUCCUCGGACCUGACCUUCAACUGCAGCUGGUGCCAUGUCCUGCAGAGAUGCUCCAGUGGCUUUGAUCGCUACCGCCAAGAGUGGCUGACCUACGGCUGUGCCCAGGAGGCAGAGGGCAGGACGUGUGAGGACUUCCAGGAUGAGGACCACUACUCGUCCUCCCCCGACAGCUCCUUUGGCCCCUCUGACGGAGACCUCACCACCACUUCCUCCUCCCUCUUCAUUGACAGCCUCACCACAGAAGAUGACACCAAGGUGAACCUGUAUGCGGGAGGGGAAGGGCUUCAAAACAACCUGUCCCCCAAGGCCAAGGGCCCCCCAGUGCACCUGGGCACCAUUGUGGGCAUCGUGCUGGCAGUCCUUCUUGUGGCGGUCAUCAUCCUGGCUGGAAUCUACAUCAACGGCCACCCCACCUCCAACGCUGCGCUCUUCCUCAUCGAGCGGAGACCUCACCACUGGCCUGCCAUGAAGUUCCGCAACCACCCCAACCACUCCACCUACACAGAGGUUGAGCCCUCGGGCCACGAGAAGGAGGGCUUCGUGGAGGCCGAGCAGUGCUGAGAGCGCCAGGCCUCCCUCGGAGGGUAGGAAGGCCCAUGACCCCCCAAAAGAUGAGUCCAAGCAAAGUGGCCCCCUCGGGACAUACCCUGGCUGGGAAGAUGAGCAAGUAGCUGGUGUUGCCAGAACUAUAGGGUGGCCAGCUCACCCUGAUACUGAGGUGGGGACAGAAAAGCAACUAUAUUGAGUUUUUAAGGAACAAUAACCUAAUUUCAUCCUGUUUUGGUGCCAGAGGUGCCCCCUUGUGAGUCUCUCGAUGGUCCACUCUGUAGCUACCCCAGAGGUCCCCUCCCACCUGGAGUUGGCCAGAUGCUCUGUUCCCGGCCACCCAGUGCCCUUGCUUAUGGCACAAGAGGACUAAGCUCUAGAUUGGGACAGCGCAGUCCAAACUCCAUAGACUCAAGAGCUGGUGCUCAUGGCUAUGGAUUCGGGGUAUUUAGUCACAGCUUCUGGGCUCUGGAAGUCUGGAGAAGGAGUUUCCUCCAUCUGUAACCACAGGCCUGACUGCAUUCGCACUUACGCCAGCCACUGAGUGGCCUGUGUCACGAGAGGGAAGUCAAAUGGGAGGAAAGAAAAUUGCAUUUUUAGGCUUUGCUUCCCCAACCUGCCGAUUCUGCUAAGAACCAGUACUCUUCUGCAUGGAACAUGUGUGCUGCCCGCCACCCAGCCUCUGUGCCACCUGAGCCCACCUUGACCUGCCAGCUGUGCUGUGGGCAGCCUCACCUGCCCAUGGGGUCUUUAACUGAUGGCACACUAAGGGUCCCUUCUAGUCACUGGCCUGCCCUUCUGUCAGUGCCAGUGAGUACCUCCAAAGGCAGGGCUUACCUGAUUCAUGUUUUUACUCCCUCUGGCUGGAUUCUAUUGCCAUUCAAGAUCAACUGGGUGGCAAGAGGGCUUCUGGCUACCUGAGUUGGAUUCCAUUGAGAAGCAAAGCCGCCAGAGGGGGUCAGGUCGCAGGAAGCUGUCAUGAGAAGGAGGCACUUGCUACACAAAACCUUGACCUGGGAAGUUGCUUCCUUUUCUCCAGAUCUGCCAGAAGUUUUGGGGGGCAGAUGACUUAGUCUCCCAAUCUUCACCUGGCUUUAAAGGGACUCUGUGCCAGGGAUGAGUUGGGCCUGUACCUGAAGAUGAUUUAAAAUUAAAACCAUAACUCACCCUCAUUCAAAGUAAAAAAAUAACAGCAACAAAUAAAUGUUAAAUCAUUCUCUGCAUGGUCACGCCCUUUCGUGCAUGUCACCAGGCUGCUGUGAAGGGGCACAGG